AUGCAGCUGUUACGACCGUCGCCGAAUCAUGAUCGGUUGGAAGUGGUUCAGUCCACUUUGGACGUGUUGGAGCGAAUACAGCAGCCCGUGGCUUUCGUGGCGGUCGUCGGCCCUUACCACGGGACCCUUUCUCAAUUCAUCACCCCUCUCCCAAACCCACGCGCGGCUUCCCAGUCGGCACUCGCCUUCGCCACCUUCUUGGGCAAGUCCUUCCUGCUGAACGUGCUGCUCAACUCCACGCGCGGCUUCCCAGUAAGCACGCGCCCAGACCCCGAGACUCUGGGGCUGUGGGUCCGCGUGCUGCCCCCCCACCGCCCUGUUGACCCCGUCCCUCCCCCACCUUCCCCCACGCACGGCAGGGGCAAGUCCUUCCUGCUGAACGUGUUGCUCAACUCCACGCGCGGCUUCCCAGUGGGCACGCGACCGGACCCCGAGACCCUGGGGCUGUGGGUGCGCGUGCUGCCCCCCCACCGCCUGCAGGCGUGGGACGGAGCGGUGGUGGUGCUGGUGGACUCGGAGGGGCUGUAUGGGGACGGCGCUUCACGGGCGUAUGACGCCAAGCUGUUUGCUGUGGCUACUCUCUUGUCAUCGCACCUCAUCUACAACACCCUGCGGACACUCGGUGAGUGGGGAAGGGAGGGGGGAUACGGCAACCAGCCCCCUCACCGCCUGCUAGCACGGGACGGAGCGGUGGUGGUGCUGGUGGACUCGGAGGGGCUGUAUGGGGACGGCGCCUCACGGGCGUAUGAUGCCAAGCUGUUUGCUGUGGCUACUCUGCUGUCGUCCCACCUCAUCUACAACACCCUGCGAACACUCGUCGAGAAAGGGGAUGAGGACGGAGCGGUGGUGGUGCUGGUGGACUCGGAGGGGCUGUAUGGGGAGGGCGCCUCAAGAGCGUAUGAUGCCAAGCUCUUUGCCGUGGCUACUCUGCUGUCGUCUCAUCUCAUCUACAACACCCUGCGCACUCUCGUCGAGAAAGGGGAUGAGGACGGAGCGGUGGUGGUGCUGGUGGACUCGGAGGGGCUGUAUGGGGAGGGCGCCUCAAGAGCGUAUGAUGCCAAGCUCUUUGCCAAAGGGGAUGAGGACGGAGCGGUGGUGGUGCUGGUGGACUCGGAGGGGCUGUAUGGGGAGGGCGCCUCAAGAGCGUAUGAUGCCAAGCUCUUUGCCGUGGCUACUCUGCUGUCGUCUCAUCUCAUCUACAACACCCUGCGCACUCUCGUCGAGAAAGGGGAUGAGGACGGAGCGGUGGUGGUGCUGGUGGACUCGGAGGGGCUGUAUGGGGAGGGCGCCUCAAGAGCGUAUGAUGCCAAGCUCUUUGCCGUGGCUACUCUGCUGUCGUCUCAUCUCAUCUACAACACCCUGCGCACUCUCGUCGAGAAAGGGGAUGAGGACGGAGCGGUGGUGGUGCUGGUGGACUCGGAGGGGCUGUAUGGGGAGGGCGCCUCAAGAGCGUAUGAUGCCAAGCUCUUUGCCGUGGCUACUCUGCUGUCGUCUCAUCUCAUCUACAACACCCUGCGCACUCUCGUCGAGAAAGGGGAUGAGGACGGAGCGGUGGUGGUGCUGGUGGACUCGGAGGGGCUGUAUGGGGAGGGCGCCUCAAGAGCGUAUGAUGCCAAGCUCUUUGCCGUGGCUACUCUGCUGUCGUCUCAUCUCAUCUACAACACCCUGCGCACUCUCGUCGAGAAAGGGGAUGAGGACGGAGCGGUGGUGGUGCUGGUGGACUCGGAGGGGCUGUAUGGGGAGGGCGCCUCAAGAGCGUAUGAUGCCAAGCUCUUUGCCGUGGCUACUCUGCUGUCGUCUCAUCUCAUCUACAACACCCUGCGCACUCUCGUCGAGAAAGGGGAUGAGGACGGAGCGGUGGUGGUGCUGGUGGACUCGGAGGGGCUGUAUGGGGAGGGCGCCUCAAGAGCGUAUGAUGCCAAGCUCUUUGCCGUGGCUACUCUGCUGUCGUCUCAUCUCAUCUACAACACCCUGCGCACUCUCGUCGAGAAAGGGGAUGAGGACGGAGCGGUGGUGGUGCUGGUGGACUCGGAGGGGCUGUAUGGGGAGGGCGCCUCAAGAGCGUAUGAUGCCAAGCUCUUUGCCGUGGCUACUCUGCUGUCGUCUCAUCUCAUCUACAACACCCUGCGCACUCUCGUCGAGAAAGGGGAUGAGGACGGAGCGGUGGUGGUGCUGGUGGACUCGGAGGGGCUGUAUGGGGAGGGCGCCUCAAGAGCGUAUGAUGCCAAGCUCUUUGCCGUGGCUACUCUGCUGUCGUCUCAUCUCAUCUACAACACCCUGCGCACUCUCGUCGAGAAAGGGGAUGAGGACGGAGCGGUGGUGGUGCUGGUGGACUCGGAGGGGCUGUAUGGGGAGGGCGCCUCAAGAGCGUAUGAUGCCAAGCUCUUUGCCGUGGCUACUCUGCUGUCGUCUCAUCUCAUCUACAACACCCUGCGCACUCUCGUCGAGAAAGGGGAUGAGGACGGAGCGGUGGUGGUGCUGGUGGACUCGGAGGGGCUGUAUGGGGAGGGCGCCUCAAGAGCGUAUGAUGCCAAGCUCUUUGCCGUGGCUACUCUGCUGUCGUCUCAUCUCAUCUACAACACCCUGCGCACUCUCGUCGAGAAAGGGGAUGAGGACGGAGCGGUGGUGGUGCUGGUGGACUCGGAGGGGCUGUAUGGGGAGGGCGCCUCAAGAGCGUAUGAUGCCAAGCUCUUUGCCGUGGCUACUCUGCUGUCGUCUCAUCUCAUCUACAACACCCUGCGCACUCUCGUCGAGAAAGGGGAUGAGGACGGAGCGGUGGUGGUGCUGGUGGACUCGGAGGGGCUGUAUGGGGAGGGCGCCUCAAGAGCGUAUGAUGCCAAGCUCUUUGCCGUGGCUACUCUGCUGUCGUCUCAUCUCAUCUACAACACCCUGCGCACUCUCGUCGAGAAAGGGGAUGAGGACGGAGCGGUGGUGGUGCUGGUGGACUCGGAGGGGCUGUAUGGGGAGGGCGCCUCAAGAGCGUAUGAUGCCAAGCUCUUUGCCGUGGCUACUCUGCUGUCGUCUCAUCUCAUCUACAACACCCUGCGCACUCUCGUCGAGAAAGGGGAUGAGGACGGAGCGGUGGUGGUGCUGGUGGACUCGGAGGGGCUGUAUGGGGAGGGCGCCUCAAGAGCGUAUGAUGCCAAGCUCUUUGCCGUGGCUACUCUGCUGUCGUCUCAUCUCAUCUACAACACCCUGCGCACUCUCGGUGACGCGCAGUCAGUGGCUGCGCUGGCGGACCUAGAAAAGCAGGCUCACCGCUACCUAGCAGCGCACGCGCGCACGGGAGACCAGUCCCUAGAAACCCUCUUCACACAGGGUAUAGCGUGCCUCACUGUGCGCACGCCUACGGAUAUUAACAGGCUAAGGGAAGAGGUGGGCGGGGCGGGGCUGGGCGCUGCUGACGUGGAGCUCAUGCCAGCGCUGCACCCGGGGUACCUUGCUGACGUGGUGGCGGUGCGGGAGCGCGUGAUUGGAGGGCUGGAGGCGAAGGGACCGGCUGGGCAGAAAUUCACAGGGGAGACUGUCGCUCGCCUGCUCCCCCUGCUGGUCCAUUUCGUGAACAGUGACUUCCCACUAAACGCCGAGCGCCACAUACAACAAGUCAUGCUGGACCUGCUGCUGGACGGCGCCUUCGCCUCCGCCGUCCACUUCUUUCGUCUGCAUGCCGAUGCCGCCCUUGACCGAUUCAUUCGAGCCACCCGCGCUGCUGCUAGUGUUUCUGCUGAGGACAUAAGUGGGAGAGGUGAAGAGGGAGAUAUAUUCGCUGCUUCAGGCACUGGCACUGAAUGGGACGUGAGCAGCACUGCAGAACCUGCUGCAGCUGUGGCAGGGGAAGGAGCUCACACGUUCUCUGCUGCUGCUGCAGCACUGGCCUCCCAAUCUCCAGCGACUCACCUGCUGUCAGCCACGUUCACAGCGGAGCGCAUGGAGCAAGUCCUUUCCAAGGCAGCCUUGUCACCCCGCUGUGUGCUCUGCUACUCUCACCCGUUGUCACUGUGCAUGCCUCUCCCUCACUCCCUCACCUGCCUUGCUUUCCUCCUCAAUUUCCUCCCUUUGGCUCCUCCCAUGCCCGGCUUUCCCUCUUACCCCCUCUCCCCCUCCUUCCCUCCUUCCAGAGCAAGACGCGCGGCACUACUGCAUGGCGCGCAGUGUCCAGCAACGAGCACAACGUGCACGUGGCGCUGGCAGCGCUGGCAGACGAGCCUUCUGACCUCUCUCUCAGACCCUUCCUCCCGCCCGUGUAUUCUCCCGCUUAUCCCCCCAUCCCCUCUUCGCAGGUCCAGCAACGAGCACAACGUGCACGUGGCACUGGCAGCGCUGGCAGACGAGUUGCAGCAGGCGGCACACGCGGCUAUUGCUGCCAUUCCCCUCCCACAGCAAGAGCAACUCCUGGAGCAGCAGUGCGAGGCUGUCCUUGUGGCAGCCGUUGACAGGUAUGGUGCGUACCUGUCGCUUCUAUACCCACUCGCAGCAGGCAGCACACGCGGCUGUCGCUGCCAUUCCCCUCCCUACCACAGCGGGAGCAGCUGCUGGAGCAGCAGUGCGAGGCAGUCCGUGUGGCAGCUGUUGACAGGUGAGCCACUUACUGCCACUUUUGCCUUGGAGCAAGCAGCACACGCAACUAUGACUGCCAUUCCCUCUCAGAGGGAGCAGCUGCUGGAGCAGUGCAAGGGUGAUCGCAUGGCAGCUGUUGCAGGCACUCUGGGCGAUCACAGCAGCAGCCCCUUGGCACCCGUGGUUCGCUCCCGCCUCGAUGCUGACGUCAGCAGCCACUGCUCUGCCGCCACGUCAGCAAACGACCGGCUGAUCGCCGCCCUGCUGGGCAAGGGGAGGGUGGCAUACCACCGCACGUACCAGGACACAUUCCGGGCGGCGUUCUUGUCCUAUGCUGCCGCCCAUGCUCAUGCUCACACCCACACAUCUGAUACCAACGCCGCUGCUGCUGAUUCUACUGCUGCUACAAGCACUGCUCCUUCUGCAUCUGCUUCUGCAUCUGCUUCUGCUUCUGCUUCUGGUGCUGCUGGCGCCUCUCCAGCCAACGACCCGCACCUCUUCUCCCACAACCUCUUCGCCCUCCUCCCCUCCUCCACACCCCCUCCCCCUCCUCUCUGGCUCCUCUCCCUCCACGCCAACGCCUCCCUCCUAGCUCAAGACGCCUUCUCUGCAGCAAUAGCCCAGGGGGGCCUGGCGUGGGUGGUGCCGGGGCACGAGAGGUUUGACUUCUUUCUGUUCCAGGCGAUGCAGUGGGGCAAGCAGCGCGAGAGGGCGGUGGGGGAGGAGAAUGCGCGCAGAGUGCGCGGGUUCUGUGGGGAGAUGAGGGGGAGGCUGGUGGGGGAGUAUCGGCGGCGCGUGGGGGAGAUUCAUCCAUUGCCUGACAACGAGGAGGUGGUGGUGGCUAAGGGGGGGCUGGCGUGGGUGGUGCCGGGGCACGAGAGGUUUGGCUUCUUUUUGUUCCAGGCGAUGCAGUGGGGCAAGCAGCGCGAGAGGGCGGUGGGGGAGGAGAAUGCGCGGCGAGUGCGGAGGUACUGUGGGGAGAUGAGGGGGAGGCUGGUGGGGGAGUAUCGGCGGCGUGUGGGGGAGAUUCAACCGCUGCCAGACAACGAGGAGGUGGUGGUGGCUAAGGUGAGAACGGCUCUUUGGAAGGUAAGAAAAAAAGGGCACCCUCCCCCUCCUCUCUGGCUCCUCUCCCUCCAAGCCAACGCCUCCCUUCUCGCUCAGGACGCCUUCUCAGCAGCCAUAGCCCAGGGGGGGCUGGCGUGGGUGGUGCCGGGGCACGAGAGGUUUGACUUCUUUCUGUUCCAGGCGAUGCAGUGGGGCAAGCAGCGCGAGAGGGCGGUGGGGGACGAGAACGCGCGGAGAGUGCGCGGGUACUGUGGGGAGAUGAGGGGGAGGCUUGUGGGGGAGUAUCGGCGGCGCGUGGGGGAGAUUCAGCCGCUGCCUGAUAACGAGGAGGUGGUUGUGGCCAAGAUGAGGGGCCGGCUGGUGGGGGAGUAUAGGAGGCGCGUGGGGGAGAUUCAAUCGCGAUGA